GUGUGUGUGUGUGUAGUGAGUGAACAGAUGCGGUGUGUAACGCCGUUUGACUUUUGUUUUUCUCCUCAGCUUAGUUUAAAGCACACGGGAUUGUGCAGGUCGACAGCGCGCUGUUGAUAAACACAGCAAAGCAAAGGAAGAAGAGAAGAAGAAGAAAAGAAGAAGAAGAAGAAGCAGCUCGUUUGAAAGAAGCAGGCAGCUGAAAGGAGGCAUCCAGCGUUCAUGAUGGCGAUGUUCCGCAAUUUUGUGUCUGCUGCCCAGCUCAGACAGCCUCAUCCCCAGCCCCAGCUGCAGCAUGGAGAGAGUCUGGAGAGCCAGUUUUCCUGCCCCAUCUGCCUGGAGGUUUAUCACAAACCUGUCAGCAUCGCCAGCUGUGCUCAUACGUUUUGUGGAGAUUGCCUUCAGCCGUGUCUCCAGGUGACGUCUCCUCUCUGUCCCCUGUGCCGCAUGCCUUUCGACCCCAAGAAAGUGGACAAAUCUUCCAGUGUGGAAAAGCAGCUCUCCAAUUAUAAAGCACCAUGCCGAGGGUGCAGCAAAAAAAUCACGUUAGUGAAAAUGAGGUCACACAUUUCAUCUUGCACAAAGGUGCAGGAACAGAUGGCCAACUGCCCAAAGUUCAUGCCUGUGGUUCCCACAUCACAGCCGAUUCCCAGCAAUAUUCCAAACCGAUCGACAUUUGUGUGCCCGUAUUGUGGAGCGCGAAACCUGGACCAACAAGAGCUGGUGAAGCACUGCAUGGAAAACCACCGCAACGAUCCCAACAAAGUGGUGUGUCCCGUGUGUUCAGCCAUGCCCUGGGGGGACCCCAGCUACAAGAGCUCCAACUUCCUGCAGCACCUCCUGCACCGGCACAAGUUUUCCUAUGAUACGUUUGUGGACUACAGCAUUGACGAGGAGGCCGCACUGCAGGCAGCACUGGCCCUCUCUCUGUCUGAGAACUGAGAGUCCCAUCCUAACAGCCUCCACCAAUCACCACGUCCUAUCCAAUCACCAUCACUUACCCUCACCUCUUAAACCCCCUCUUUUUUUCCUCUCUGCCUCAUUCAUGCUGCAGACCUGAACAUAAAGGAGUGUCAUUUUCAACCCCUAUACUACUUUUUUUUUUUCCUUUUUCUCUUUUCUGUUUUUCUUUCCCUUACUUACUCACGCCACAUUUCUCCAGGUAGCUGCACGGCUGGUUCUGUACCUGGUGUUACAAAAUGCUAAUCACUUAACCUCCACAAUUUUCUACCCAGAAUUCCUCUCGUCCUUCACUGAUGGAGGCAGAGCAUGCAGUCAUUCUUCAUAACUGCUGCAGUCAGUAACAACAUUACAUCGUUUGCAUACAGCACAACAAGCUUCAAUUGCUGUUUGAGGGGGAAAGAACCAAACUCCAUUUCAUGAUCACUAUCAGGGUUUUUUUUUUCUUCAGUUCUGUUUUUUUUUCUCUCUUUCUCUGUUGUUCAAACAGGGACAGAUGGCAGUGUAAGUACGAAAAGCCAUCACGCGUCUCACAGUAGACUGGAUGAGAGCGUUAUCCCAGGCUUAGAACAACGUCGCUAGGCCAGCAUUGAUGUCUUUGCGCCAACUACCCUAUUAUUGCCAUGGUGAUCGUAUAGAUGAUGGACACCUCAGUAACAGUGUCUCCUGUUGGGCUGAAUAUGAGAGAGAAAGGGAGAGAGCUCCAUCAUUUUACUGUAAGUAUAAGGAAGCUGAGAUGAAUGAUGAUGAUAGAACCUACCUUGUUGGAGUGACUCAGCGUUCUAGGCAAUACUCGUACAGCAGAGAGAGAUAAUCCAGUAUUCAUACCAUCACCAAUAUCAUGACUUGGCCAUCACUAACCACUCCCCCCUUUUUUUUUUUUUUUUUUUUUUUUUUUAAAUUUAGCUCGUUACGAACACUCAUGGUUUUCUACAUGACUGAAUGUUCUGGUGUUCUUUUAUAGUUCUCCGACAGGAUGCUAGUACUGCUUUGAUCUUCACUCUGCUCUUUACUGGUUUACCUUGCUACAAUAAUAUUUUUUACAAAGCAUCAGAUUAGAAGAAUAUCUAUUUUUGGAAAAAUGUUUCCUUUAAAAUGGUGCACUAAUACUGAGAAAGUGAAACGUGAGGAGAUGUGCUGAAUUGUUUAGAACUACUUUUUUUAUAUAUCGGAGGUGGAGAAGAGACCAUGAGGUCACGGAGGGGAUGUAGAUGCAAAGCUCAACCACUAGGUGGCACUAAGUGUUAGUUCCAUGGGAAGGCUGGCAUGAACCAUAGUCAUUCAGGGCCUAGUUUCAUGUCAUAUUUGCAUGAUGUGUGUAGAAUAUUUCAUGCCAUGUUUUUUUCCAGCUGGAUGUCAUUAUUUGGGUCUGGAUAUCAGACUGAGAGGGUUUAUUGUACGACUGCUCUCAUAGCGAUGGAUAUUAUUGACCUUUAUUUCUUCAGCAGACAGAGGCAGAAUGCAACCCAUGGUGAAUAGAGCAGUUUAGGGUUAAAUGACUCCAUCCAGAAGCCUCACUAUGGCUCUGUUGCAGCACUGGGCUUUGAACAUUUUCUGAUAAGGUGCCAUUGUCUCGUAUUGGGCCACUGGCAAAAGGCAAACUGAGAACUGCCUGAAUCCAAAUCUGGUUAAAAAUAGCUAACGGAACGAAAUGGGGCAUAGCCAUCCUUUUUUUUUUUUUUCUUUCUUUCUUUUCCCCCCUCCCCCCUUCCCUCCCUCUCUCCAGAUUGACAGUAGGUUGUAAAGCUUUCAUGGCACUGAAAGACCAUUAGAAAAUGUCUGCCACUGGCAGCCGCUGCGUUUCAUCAGAUCCUUUUGUCUUAUGUUUAUAAUAUAUUUAAUUUAUUUUUCAUUAUUCAACAUUUUAUCCUGAGCGGUUAUCACAAUCAUUUUGUAUUGUUUGUUUCUUCAACUGAUGGUGAACUUAUGAAAUCCGUUUGUCCUGAGCAUCUUGGCAGCCUGGCUGCAUGCAGAGAGAUGACUCACUGACGAUGUGAUGGAUUUAGAGAAGACAGAAUGUUGGCAGUGAUUGCUGGGUGAUGAUAUUAAGUUUUAUAUUUGAUUUCUUGCAACUCAUUUCCAAUCAUCGAGUGCAUGAUCAUUGUUAUUUUCUUUUAAGUUUGUAAAGUUUACUCUCUAUAGAGCGAUUGAUUUAGAGGUCAUUUCUCCUGAUGUCGUCUUGUCCGCCAUCUUGUGUGUCCAUAGCUCCUAAGUGUGUGUAAUACGGUAUGAAGUUUUGCAACAAACACAGUGGAGAAAUGAAACCUCUGCCUUUGUGUGCUGGAGUCUUAGUAAAAGCCUAACUGUUUUAUAAGAGACGGUUUAAUGGAAAGAUUUGAAACUUGUACAUAUGAAUAGUAAGAUUGUGUGGGUUUUUACCUCGUUCUUGCUGGGUUUAAACCCUGAUUAAGGUGGGAUCAUCAUUACAGAACGAGCAGGUUAAAAUGUUGGUUCUAAUCAGCAAGGAAUUUGUCCCAGAGUUUUAAUUAGCCUAUGUACGGUAAAGUAGGCAUGUGCCGAUCAAUAUUGUUGCGAAGGCACUUUAAAUAAAUGUAUAAUAUUGUCACUGCUCCUGUAUUCCGUGUGAAAGGAGACUCGUAAAGUAGGAAGCCUUUUUAAGCAGAAUUUACACUCUUGAGAUAAAGUUUCUUUUGUGGUUAAGAUGCUAAAGUGUUUAGACACAGAGUGACAGAAAAAGCAGUGACAGCAUGCCAUUAUUGUGGAUAGUGUUGCAUUUGCAGAAAGAAAGGUUCAUUUAAUGAUGAUACUGUACUGGCUUCAAAAGUUUGGAAAAUUUGUCAAAAUAUUUACUCAAAAUAUCUACAUAAUAUCUACAAUGCUGCAAUAAAUCAUCCUGAUUAAAGGAUGCUUGAACUGUUAAAAUUCGGAUGAUGUAAAAAAUUUAACAAAAAAUAAAUUUAUAGUAUAGCAACCAAUAAAAUUCAAACAAUAAACAAAUAGUAACGUUCUACGGGGGCAAAAGGAAAAACUUGCAAUAACCUGGUUGUACGAUUAUGUACACCCGUUUAAAAUGGGGCAUGCGACCGUGCCCAGGAUUAACCAAUCACAUGCAUUAAAGUGUUUAAAAUUAAAUAUCACACACCAGUCAUUAAUAAAGUGAUUCUGAUUUACCCCAACUAAAGAUCAGCUGUUUUUCUGUAGGAUUUUCUCGACAUCAUCUUGGUUUCAUCUGACUGCUAAAGCCAUGGUCCGCAAAGAGUUUUUAAAAAAGCAUGUACAAGAUUUUAUUAUAGAAAAGUUUCAAUCAGGAGAGGGGUGCAAAAUAAUUUCCGAAUCAUCAGAUGUACCAUGGAAUAAACAAGUGGAGAAAAUGGGGCCCUGCAGAGACAUUACCGAGAACAGGACGUCCUUCUGAAAUAGAUGAAAAGAAAAAAAAAAAAAAAAGCUUGUCAGGGAGCCUGUCAAAAGACUUCCAGCAACAUUAAAUGAGCUGCAGGAAUAUCCUGCAGGUACAGGUACUCCCUGCAUGUGACUGUGAUCUCGCCUAUUCUUCACAUGUCUGGGAUAUGAGGUAGGAUGAAUAGACAGAUACCCCUUCUCAUG